UUGGUUUACUUGGACUUGCCAUGUUUUUACGAGGUUUUGAAGCAUGGAAUGAACAGUGUCGUCGCCAUAUCUAAAUGCGCUGGAGGCAAGCAAGCUAUGGCGGGAUAAGGUUUGAUUCCAAUUCUGCCAAGGAAUCGAAACGGAAUGGAUUGUGGAGCGAUGUGGUAGCAGCGGCAACUCGUGCAGUGAACAGGAGCGAGGAGGAGGAGGAGGUAAUGGAUUUCAGAGGUCUUCAAGGUCGAGGGGUGAUGGCCGCAGAAGCAGUCUCUCGCGUGGCAGCUCUGGAGGUGCAUUCGUGACGGUAGGGACUACCACCAUUCGGAACGUGACCUCCACACUUUGAAGAAACCAUUAGCACUCAUCAAAUCUCUUGGUUAAGCCCCUUCAUUGUAUCGUGCUCCUCUUGCAUGUGCGUUAACGCGAUUCCUGGUUGCGGAACACGCCGGCGGCCUCUGCUCCGAGUAGGACGCAUUGGAAGUAGGACGCAUUGGAAGCUGUUACUAUUGUAUCCUUGGGGCGAAAUGUCGUGGACGGCAUGGGGUGUGCCGGUGAUGGUGAUCGGCGUGCUCGCUUUGGCCAUCGCAGCGCUCUUGGCGUAUCUAAGUUGGUCUUCUUUGAAACUGGUCUCCAUUCCCCUCAAGGGAAGGCACGUGGUCAUCACAGGUGGCUCUAGUGGAAUCGGUUUGGAAGUUGCGAAGUUGGCAGCUGCUGAGGGCGCGCGGAUAUCGCUCGUAGCAAGGGACUUGAGUAAACUUGCCGAUGCGAAAAGCAUUGUCACUGAGUACUGUCGUCAGAAUCUCCAAGGUGAAGAGAAGAUCAAUACGUACAGUGCCGACGUCAAAAGUUUUGAAAGCACAAGGUUGGCCAUUGCGGCUGCGGUUGGUCACUCUGGCCCAAUUGAGGUGUUGUUACUUAGUCAUGGAGUCUCUAGAGUCCUUACAUUUGAUGACUCAACUAUUGAGGACUUUGAUCACAUCCUUGACACUAAUUUGAAGGGAAACAUUCACACUAUUAAGGCUGCUCUACCCCAUAUCAAAUCCAGCAAGGCAGUUCCGGCAGCAAUAUCUAUUUUCUCUUCUCAAGCUGGUCUGGUUGGAGUAUAUGGUUAUGCAGCUUAUUCUGCCAGUAAGUUUGCACUGCGGGGCCUGGCGGAGUGUCUGCAACAAGAGCUUGUGGAUCGUAAUAUUCGCUUGUCUCUCGUGUACCCUCCCGACACCAUGACUCCAGGCUACAUGGAAGAUCAGAAGACCAUGCCAGAGAUAACAAGGAUAUUAUCACAGGCAACAACGCCAAUGGAUCCCGUUUCCGUUGCUCGUUCCGCAUUAACAGGUUUGAAGGCUGGCCACUUCCACAUUGAUUGCAACUUCGAAGGAGCUGCUUUGAGUCUUGUAUGUGCAGGAAUGUCUCCACAGCCUUCGUUUUUGAGAGCCUUGACAGAGAUUUUGUCCAUGGGAAUACUUCGUGUUGUUGCACUCUUCGUCCAGAAGAGUUGGUAUGAUACCAUUCUUCAAGCAAAACAGAAGGAAUGUCAACCCAAGAAGACACAGUAGGCAUGUUGGAGCUGGGCAAGUGUAUCUAUUUUAGUUCUCGUUCUCUUUCGCCUUGUGUGGUAUUGUCCCCGAUUUUCACAACUUAUACGGUUUAUUAACUGUAAAGUUUUCGGGUGUUGCAUUCUUCCAGCAAUGAGGUUAGCAAUAGAUGUUCACAUCGUAGAAGUAGGCAGGGGGAUUAAAGGAGAAAGUGGUUCACCAGAUUCGCAGAUUUUAUCUGGACAGCACGAACAGUGCACCAGCAGACCUAAAUUGUACUCACUGUUUAGUUUAAUCCCGUUUGCUUCUCGAACCAUUAGUUCUGAUAUAUUGAGUACCGAUUCAAAGUGAAGCGAGACUGCGGUGCUCUGGCUGUGAAUCGUCUUCGUACGAUCAUCAAAAAGAAUGUUCAAACGAUGUCACGGAUAUUCCUAUAAAUCCAAGUGAUAUUCCAAGGCUACAUUUGGGUGA